AUGAAAACGGAUUCAAUACAUCCGCAGAUACAAAUGUUGACACUUCUACAAACAGCAUCUCACAAACCUCAACUCAAAUGUCUCCUAGAUGACCCUUUCUCGAUGGAUACAACAUCAAAUGACAUCACAUUACUGACUCCAAAUACAAAUGAUACUAAAAAAAGACCAGCACUCUCUUCAACUUCAUCAAACCUAACAAACGAUUUGCCUACCUUCAAAUCCCCUUCUCAAGAUAAUGUAUCAAAAGAAACUAUUUCUAAACCAAAUGCAAUCAAAAUAUCGCAACCAGCAACCAAAAAAUUAAAACGAAAUCAAUCCAUAGAAAAAAUAGUCUUAAAGCUCGACGAAAUUCUCGAACCCACCAAACCCAAGUUUGAAAAAAUGCCCAACAAAAAAAUUAAUUAUGAACAGUUUAAGUUCAUAAUUGAAAACUCUCUCGGCGAAGCCAACCCAGCUUCAAUUUUAGUUGAUUUUAACAUUACUUGUCUUGAAAUGAUCGAGGUCAUAGAAAUAAUCAAGCCUGCAAUUAAAACUCCAGGCAUAAAAAACAGAUUGACGCGACUUUGUAGUUCCCUCCUCGAUAAAGAGCUGUCCACUAAGCCCAACCAAACUGAAUAA